CUGCGCAUGUUUACGUAUCCGGUGAAGAAUUCCUGACAUCGAUCCGUAUCUUGGUGAAAUCUUUCAGGGGCAGAGGAAUUUCUUGUCUAUGUCUGCUUGAUACGGCAAAAUGCAUUGCCUUUAAGGUUUCCCAUCAUGGUGUACCUAUAGAUAUUCCUAGUAUUAUGCCUAAGUAUUAUAAUCAUCGUUAGACAAAAAGAAUGGAUCCAAAGAAAUCAAAAGAUCGACCAUUCUACGAACUGCCUGAAAAUGUCCAAGCCAGUUCAAGAAUUAUUCAAGAUGCACGGACAUCUCUCCGCACUGUUGUGACCAAGAGACCAUUUACACCCCGUGACGAGAAGCGGACUUUGUUUCCUGCAUCUACAGCCCGGAACCCAGAGUCCAGGCCAGCAAGUGCUUUCAGCUUGAACUCUCGACACUUUGAUGGCAAUGAUUCUAGGCCAGUUUCAGGGACAAAGUUAUCUCCUCUCGAUCAUUUGCCAGAAGGGUCAGAUGUUCGUGCCAGGGCCGAGAUUAAGACCCCUCGAGCCCCUACAGCAGCGGAGAUCGAGACUGCCAUUCUGGCCCCCAAACCACCGGCUGACCCAAACAGACCACUGUCCAGGAAGGGAUCAAGACAGAAGCUGUACAAUGCCACCAGUGUUGAUGGGGGAGGAGAGACCACAUCCAGUGUCAGGCCGCGGAGUGGAUCAACUGACGGCCGUCUGCUCCAUGAGUCAGGCAGUCCUGACCGGGAGGUCCCCAGGCGUGUAAAUAGUGGGCCCAAGGAGAGAACUCUGCUGCCAGAGGAGCGGGGCAUGGCAGAUGGGAAAGAGGCUGCCCCACGUGUGUCCAGCUCCAUGGGAGUCAGUAGUCCACCCAGAACUGGUGGAUCCCAUGAUGGGGAACAGAGGGUGGGCAGUGGCAGCUCCCGCAAGUCCAGCAGUGCGGGGAAGACUCGUAGUGGGAGUGCUGGGAAAAGAGACUCGAUUGACAUUGGUGAUGACAACUUCUACACAGACAAAGUUGCACCUCUGAUUGAUGAGAUGUCAGCUCUUGGCAAGAACAAGGACAAUGAGAAGCUUGGGGAGCUGGCCGAGGACCUGUACAUUGUGCUGGACACCAACAAGAAACUGACCAAGAGCUACAAGCAGAGAUCGUCUAUUCUCAAAGCUAUCUUCAAGUUGCUAGAUGUUGAAGAACCCAGAGUCAUGCUCAAGUUGGCCAGGCUGAUAUUGGCUUUUAAGGUGGGAGGCAAUAAUCUGUUGAAUGUGUGUAAGUUGGUGUUUAAAGUGAGCCGUAAUGAGAAGAACGACCAGGAGUUCCUAGAAGGCAAUGUUCUGGACCUACUGAUAGAGACAAUACGGAGUAGUGACCAUGUGGCAUCCUGUGAAGCUCUCAUCUACUGUGUUGGAGCUGUGAAAUUCCUCACUGGAAACCCAACAAUACUGAAGAGGCUGGCCAAGAAGGAGUGUAUAGAGACACUAGCUGGACUCAUGCACAAUAUAGAGAAAACUAAUCGAGACAAUGGACGAGUCAAUGACCAAUUUGGACAUAUUUUGGUUCAGCUCUGUGCAGCCCUGCGCAACCUGGCUGAUGUGGGAUCUGGGAGGGAGCGCUUCUUGCAGACUGGGGUCAUAGAGAGCCUGAGUCAUCUCCUUGAUGCCUACCCUAAUGACUGUGAUCUCGUACUCUACAUAUCCAGAAUAUUCAGUAAAGUGACGCUCCAUACGGACUGCUGCACUGUUUUGGCCAAUCAACAUUCCUGCUACAAGUCUUUCAUUCAUUUGCUCAACAGACAUGUCAACAAGGAGGACGUCGUUGUCAGAGUGUGUUUUGUACUGGGGAACAUCACAGCCAAGAAUGAUGAUGCCAGGAAAAGACUGUUCCAGGAAACUAAUGCCAUGUCUACCCUGCUUUCAGUAUUAAAAACAUUCCACAACAUGGAGUCUCAGAAAAGGUCAAACCCUGAGAAUGUUACCACAAAUGGCAGACACACCAAUAGUGAUGGGGACGGUGCUAUCAACACAAUAGAUGAUGUUCUUAUCAAAGUUGUCAGAGUAAUCGCAAACUUGUCCAUCAAUGAUUCCGUUGGGCCAGUCAUAGCUUCCCAUGUGGAAUGUGUACAGCUGUUGCUAGCAAUACUUGAUUCUAAAGACAUUGGAAGCAGCGAGGAGCUGAUUCUUAACACUGUAGCUACAAUCAACAACCUGUCGUACUACACCACCAAGACCAGCGCCAUCACAGCCCAUCAGAACACUGUAGCUCAGGUCUUACUGAAACUGGUGAUGACAGACAACAUGGAGGCCAUGUUAGAAGCAUCGCGAGUGUUCGGCAAUCUGACCAGGCAGAGGACUGUUAGAGAUCUUCUCUCCAAGCAGAAAGUUGAUGAGAUCAUGAUCACCUUGCUGGACUCUGGCAACAGAGAGCUGGUGUUCAUUGCAUGUGGUGUUCUAAUCAACUUCAUGGCUGAUGAAGACAAGCGACCUCUUCUCAAGAAAGAAGGUGGCAUAAAAAAGUUGACUGAAGUGUUGCGAGACUUCGGCCGUGAGGACUGGCAGUUGGGCAGUGUUGUGUGUAAGGUGUUGUGUAACUACAGCACCAAGAUCACAAGUACAAACUCCUGCUUUGGGGAGGCCGAGGCACAGGAUCUCGUUGAUGUGUUGGUAGAAUAUCUGGAUAGGGAGACAGCUUUAGAAGCAUCUCUCAGGGAAGAAGUUGAUGAAGAUUUCAAGGACUACCUGUGUGAAACAUGGGAGGCAGACUUCUGUCCUGUUGCAUCACAGCUGCUGAAGAGAAUAGAGACCUAUCAGUCCAGCUUUGAACCUUUGGAAGCACCAGGGUGAUGGGCAUCUGCUGGCCAGGAAGGUUUAGCCUGGGUUGAAUGUGGUGUACUAGUCGUGGAGUGUGACUGUAAUCCUGGAACAUUGUACGCACCAGGAUGAUUGUGAAGAGUUUCAACAAUAAAGAAAUCACUUUCUUAGUACCUCAAUUUGUGAUAGUAAACUUUUGUUGUUGAAGUGUCAAAGGUAUAGAAUUUGUUGAAGAGAAACAUUACUGAGCAUAUAUUUGUUUGUUACAAAAACUGCAUAUAAUUGCCUUGCAUGAGUAUUAAGAGAGAAUAGUUAUCUGUUGUGUGUACAAAUCUACAAUAUUGUUAUGCUGGAGGUCAGCUGUUAUGAAAGUCCAGUGUAUAAACUUGUGAUAAAGUGUGCAGUACCUUUAAUACUGAGAAGUUAUUUAACUGAAUGGUGCAUAAUGGUCUAACUAUUUGAUGACUUGCCAAUGAAUUGAUGAAACAUUGUGCACAGUUUGCAUUAAGUGACUAGUCUAAUGAUAGAACUCAAUUUUAAAGUGCAUUUUUAGGGUACCUAGAAACUGACAGUAAACCUUUGGAAAGCCAGGUUGAGUUGGUUUGUGUUACAGUGAUUCUGGAUGAUAUAAUGUGAUGCCCCCGUGUCUGCCAAGAGGCACACAGCUAUGCACGUCUGUAUUCGUCUUUCCGUCCACUUUUUGAUUCUGUGACCUGUACCCAUAUUUUAAUCCUCGCAUGACAGUUUACAGGAAUGACACAAAAUCAAUCAUUAUUCUGGAGUAUUAUGUAUAGUCACAGUCCACAGUAUUGACAUUUGGUUCCUUUAGAAGAGCAUGCCAGCAUUUUUACGUCUGCCUGUUUUAUCUCCUUUUUAAACUGCACUAUAAUUUUUUAAACAUUGAGAGGAUAUUACAGUUCAGGACAGAUUAACCGGAAAUGAAAACAAGAAGAAAACUCUGUUUACCCCACUAUCCUAGUAUAAUUUGGUAUCAGCACCACCAAAGUUUUUACACUUGCGGGUUAGUUGAUCUUGACCAAGAUGUUUGAGAUAUAUUCAUGGGGAAAGUCUUUUGUCUGUAAAUCUAUGGCUUUACAACCCUAUUUAUAAUGACUGACCCACCUGAUUUCAGCUUUACAGUCUGACAGUUUUACCAGUAGGGAGCGGACUGUGCUUUAAUCUUGUUAAGACACUUCAGUAUUUCUGUGAUGCUCUUCAGUUAGCUUGUGAUCUGAAAACUGAUUGUAUAUACAAGAAACUAUUUAUAUCUAUGAAACAUUCCAAUGUGUGUGUGUGUUCGUGUGUGCUAUAUCACCUGUGAUUCUUGUAAAUACAUCCUUUGUUGAUAGAGACAUUCCAUAUUUACAAGGAAACAGUUCCAUCCCAUACAGAAUAUUUUUCACAUGAAGAAGAUAUCAAUGUACACAAAAGUAUUUGUUCAAGCAGUUCUACUAAAGUAUGCAGACUUUCUGAGAAGCCAAAUUGUGACAAUUUAUUUACGUGCAGCUUUUACAUUUUAAGUUUUGAGAGGAGGAGAUGACAUUGCUGAGUACACGAUGACCAUCUGAAUUUGCCAUGAUGGAAUCAGUUAUGAAGAAUGUAAUUUGGGAUGUCAGGCAUUUCCGUCCAGUUUUUUACUCUUCUGUCAUAUUUAAUUUAUGUUCUUAAAGAAAAGUACUAUUGAUUGAUUUGGGUUAAACAUACACAAUAGAAAUGCUACUAUGAAUUCCAAUGUUUCCACAGAAACAUUGACUCUUCAACAUGUAAAUUUGAUGUUAAUCAUGACUGUUUCUGUAAUUCCCAAGUUGAAAGUUUUGCUUUUGUUGCUUCUGGAGAAUUGGACACGAGAAGUCAGUAAAGAUCUGUUUCAAAGGUGUGUAAAUGUACUGCAGAGUAACACUACAGAAGAUACUAAUGUUCACACCUUAAAGUCCUGUAUUUGCAGUUGUGUGUCAGUAAAUCUGUACAGUAUUUUUAGCCCAGUAUAGAAAACCUGAAUGGCGGGAUUGUGCAGUCAAACAUAAGUCUGUUGACGUUUUUAGAUCUUGCAAUGCAUACGGGACAUCAGUAACUAAGUUUUUUAACUCAGCUCAGCUAAUGGUAAGUGGUACAUGCUAAUUAUAUAAACAUGAUAAAGUCCAAAUGGAAUACAUGACUAUACAAUGCCAUUUUGAAAAUGGUAACAUUACAAAUUGAAUAUGUUAUAUUGAAAUCUCAGUGACAUGAAAGCAUGACAAUACAUUGUUAUUUUUUAUUAAUGCAUCCAUUACAGACAAUGUUUCACUAUUACAAUGAUGUUCUAAGCCAUUUGUCUUAUUCAAAUUUGGGGGGGGAUACACUUAGAUUUCAGAUGUAUUUUCAAGAUGAAUACAUUGUACAAAAUGUAAUAUUCCGUCCAAUAAAAUACUGAACAAAUA